AUGAGCGAUGAGGAUCCCCAGAUCUGGAGGACGAGCAAGCGGAAGGUUCUGGGCGAGAUGAGCAAUACGUGCGCGAAGAGAGGCCACCCUCUGGUACCCGGAAAGUUCUUGAUAGGGAAUGAUAAGAUCAGGAAGCAGGAACCCGCCGGAGUUGGGCCGGAAGACCCCGCCGCCAGGAAGAGGGUCAUCGGGGAGCUGGUGAACGUCAUCAAGGGGAAGCAGAGAUUUAACUGGGCUUCUGAGAACUCCGGAGCCAUGGCAGGAGAUGUGAAGCUUCCGGCCUCUGCAAGAACUCCAGAGGAUGGACGCCGAAGGCACUCGUCUCCUUCCAUUUCCAGGAAGACAUCCGAGACGGGCGUUGACGCAUGGAAACGGGGACUCAACUGGGCAUCCGAGGGGGACGGAAUCAUGGCGGGCGGUGAGAAGCCACCCACCUCCUCCGCUAGUCUCCAAGAUGGGUGCAGAGGGCGUUCUUCUUCGACGGAUCACACUCCCCAGGUUAUGAGGGGCGAUUCUCUGGUCAGUGGUUCAGGAGAAGACGGACAGAGGAGCUCUAUCAGCUGGGCUCCAUUUCCUCUGCGCCUCUUCUGUCCCCCAGCUGAUCUUACUGGAACCAUUGACCAAAAUCGUGAGGCUCCUGGGCAGAAAUAUCAACCGGGGUUGGCUAGUUUCUCUGGCACAGGUAACAGAAGUAUAGAAUUUGUUAAUUUGGCGGAGAAUGUGUCACAAGAAGAUGAUUUCAUCAAGAGCCAGCCGGCAAGUGGGCAUCCUGAGCAGCAGAGCUCAGGGAGGACAACUGGGUUGCCUGAGGAGCCUGGGAAGACCCCAGGCGCAAAUGUCCAUGAAAACCUGGUCGCGGGCAAAGGUUGCUCCUGUCCCCUCUGCCUGAAAGGUAGCUUCUUCCUUCAAACGUAGAUACAGUCGAUUGGCUUCCCAAUUUAUCUGAAAGCUGGUUACGAAGAGCUUCUCCUCCUCUGUUCGUCUUCUGUAACAGCUGGGUAUCUGUGGGCGGAUCUACUUUACCAGGACUGCAAAGGCCGGCUAUUGGGUGGGUCCCGGCGGAUCUUCUGCAUGAUUUCUUAGCUGGGCUUCCUCGCUUCUUAUUUUUCCUCUGUUUGACCCUUUUUUUUUUUUUUUCUUCUUCUCCGCUGCAGAGGUGAACAGAAGCAGGAGAGAUGCUAGACUCUUGACUGGGAGCAGUUCUUCUCAUGAUCUUGCGGGCAGAGCAGCUGGAAACGAUGAGAAGUCUGCGAGAUUAGAAUCGGAACUCAGGCAACACUGGAGAGCGCUUUUCGUGCAUACUGAGAGCGUUCUCACUUGCGAAAGUGCUCAGCUUGUGAGUUAUCACUUUUUCAUUUUUUUUCUUGAAGUACCAAAGUUCUUUAUUAUAUCUUGGCAUGAUGUGAAGGUUUCCGCAUUCAUGUUUUUAGUGGGUCUAACAAAUUUAUGGAGAGAAAUAUAUCGAUUCAAUCUUUCGAAAUGCCUUUUAUUCGAAAAAAAUUUAAGAAUGGGCCUCAUUAAUAAUCCUAAAUUAGUAAUUAUACUAAUUAUUUCUUUUCCUUGUCUUUGAUCAUCUCAUUUCUAGCAAGAAGAAAGAUCAUGGAAUGACAAUAAUAAUAAUAAUAAUAAUGUGAAGAUUAUUGUGUUAAUAAUCGAGCAAAAGGUUUCAGGGAUUGACUUUCAGGGCUAAACCCCCAUGGAAUAGUCGAAUGGAGAUCUUUUGCAGGGGAUUAUACCAUUCCUUGUGUUUUAUUUUAAUGUUCAUUAAAAUAAAUGAUGGUCGCUUAUCUAUUUUCCCCCAUUCUUCACAUCUUUCUGCCUACUUACGUUGAAAUUAUAUUUUCCACGUGGCAGCAAUCCAGCCUUCUGAAGUUGAAGGAGCUGAGAGAGAAUUGCAAGAGAGAUGCGGAGGCGGAGACUCCCUCUGUGGUUCCCAACGAGUCCUAG